UUGUUGAAAUCACAUCUUCCGCCCAACCCGACCCAGGUGCCUGCAUUCCCACGACGACAUCACAAAUCAGACAAAAUGGCGCCCGCAGCUGGAGCUAAGAAGCAAAAGAAGAAGUGGUACCCGACUUACCACCCCGUUCGUUACAGGUCCAAGGGAAAGGUCAAGGACAAGGCCCAGCACGCCGUCAUCCUCGACAAGAACACUUCCGACAAGCUCUACAAGGAUGUCCAGUCCUACCGUCUGGUGACCGUCGCCGUCCUGGUCGACCGUCUCAAGAUCAACGGCUCCCUGGCCCGCCAGUGCCUUGCCGACCUCGAGGAGAAGGGCAUCAUCAAGCCCGUGGUGCAGCACAGCAAGAUGAAGAUCUACAGUACGUCGAAACCCCAUGGACAAAUUUUCUCGAGGGCGCGCUCGCGAUGA